AUGAGUACUUUGUGGAAAACUAUUUUCUCGUACAAAGCGACCUUUACCGAACGAGAGUUGCCUGACCAAAGCGGAAAGGUGUUCAUAGUCACUGGCAGUUCCAGUGGUCUAAGACUGGAGCUUAUUAGAAUACUAUACCAACGAAAUGCCGUGAUCUGUAUUGCCGUCCGCUCCGAGACGAAGGCCAAGGACGUAAAGAAAGAGCUACGACGUGCGUACCCGGACUCGCAAUGUCAUCUCAAUCAUCAAUACCUAGACUUGAGCGAUUUGAAGAUAAUAAAGCAGUCUGCACAAACUUUCCUCCAGAAGGAACAUCGCCUGGAUGUUUUGUGGAACAAUGCAGUUGUGAUGGUGCCACCUCAAGGAUCCAAAACAGCUACGAGCUUUAACUAGGGGUGAAUGGCAUCGGAACCUUUUUAUUCACGAGCCACCUUCGCCCAGUCAUAGCUGAAACAGCCAAGAUUACACCAAAAGAAACAGUGCGAGUAGUAUGGGUAGCCUCUGCCGCUGCGCUGACGGCACCAAAGCCCCCCAUUGACUUUACUAAUAUAGAUUACAGAAGGGAGGAAAGUCAG